GCUAACAACGGUAUGCUGAAAGUGAGUUACAUGUAACGUGACUCAGGAACUGUGACAAACAGCAAGUUACUGAAUCUGGAAUUUACAAUGUCGUAAUCAAACAAUAAUGACAUCAGAAUGACCAGGCUCUAUACUAUAUAUUCUAUUCGCUUUUCAGCUACAAAACAGAAGGUCUUGAAAACAGCUCAGCUAAGGCAAACUAGGAAGCCUGCCAAGCAAAUCCACAAGAAAACCAUGAUGUUCUUCAAAGCAGCUUGUGCCACCCUUACCCUCUUCCUGCUUUUCACCACUGCAGCAGAAGCUAUGUCUUUAAUAAGAUCAGCGUCAGAAUUAAGGUGCCAGUGUGUGAAGCUUGAAUCAAAACAAAUAUCUACCAAAAUAAUGGCAAAUAUAGAGGUGAUUCCUAGUGGCCCCCACUGCAAAAAUGUUGAAGUAAUAAUUACUCUAAAAGAUGGAAACAUGGUCUGUGUGGAUCCUUCUGCUUCUUGGGUAGAGCGCAUCAUCAAGUUAAUAUUAGAAAGACAGCAAAAUGAGGCAGAAGCUGUUUAAAUGAAAUUCCCUACCCUCUCAGGAACACAUCCUCACUUGCAUUUUUAUAAAUGUUAAUACUGCUGUUAUUUAUUUUAAUCUUAAUAAUUAUUAUAUUUAUGUAUUUAUUCUGAACAAACAAUGGAAAAAUGACUUUUAUCUAAAAUAAUUGUUUCAAGUUUGGUAUGAUCAUAUAGAUCAGUUUAGAACUCAAUGUACCAUAACUAAAAUGAUAGGCAGCUGAGAUCCACAUACAUUUUUAAAUGCAAUAAAUUGGCUGGAGGAAUAUUACAUUCCUAUUAGUUAACUUUUUUUUUUACUACAAAACAUGUUCAAUUUAUAUAUAAAUGAUGUUGGUUGUAUUUAUGUCUAUUUUAUUUAUUUA